AUCAAGAUUCAGGAAGUUGGAACUUAGAAGUUAGAAGAGCUAUUUACAUUUCACGAGCAAUAUAGUAAUAUACUAAAUAUUUUAAUUGUAAACUCAUUAAGUUAUUAUUUAUUAGUUUAAAUAUAAUCAAUUAUGUCGAAAGUAUACAAGACAGUGGUUGUGUUUGCCGACCGACUAGUUCCAAGUAAACUACGUCCGCUUUGGGAACACGAAGCUGGUCCGAAAACAAUAUUCUUCUGGGCCCCAGCUUUUAAAUGGGGCUUGGUGUUGGCUGGUUUGGGUGAUUUGCAACGUCCCGUCGAGACCUUAUCCAUUCCACAAUCUGCAUCACUUGCUGCCACGGGUAUCAUUUGGUCACGAUACUCACUUGUCAUAAUACCAAAAAAUUAUAGUUUAUUUGCUGUUAAUGUGUUUGUAGCCAUGACUAGCCUGUAUCAGAUUGGCAGAGCUUUCAAACACCAACAAUCAUUAGAAGCUAAAGCUAGUAAAUGAUGUAAUCAUAAAAACAGGGUUAUCAUAUAUUAUAAUAAUUGUCAUAAAAAGGAAUGUUUAAACACUGGUAUUGAAAAGUCUACAGAAUGGAUACUAUUAAGACAGUAUGAUAAAAUAUCAAUUAAAUGUAUGAAUAAAUUUUACAGAAUUAACUUGCCUUUUUCAAUUCCAGUGUUAUGUGAUUCAGUUUUGCAUAAAACCAUUUCAUAUAAAUAGUAAUAGGGAUCAAUCUCAUGUGGUAUUAGGUAUUUAUCAUUAUAAUAAGCUCAAAUAUUUGAAAUCUGAUUAGAGUGCCAAUUAGUUGCAUUUCACUUCAUAGACAUAAGUAGAUAUUUCUUAGCUCUUAAGAUAGCAGGGCUCGAAACAAUUUACAUUGUGUGUCCAUCUGUGAUAAUUGUAGAUACAUUAUGAUGAAAUAAGAAGCAUCUUCUUUUUAAUGUUAUGCGCUAUAAUGCAUUGUAUCAACAUUUGAUUGUUAUAAGGUUAAAGUAUUUUAAAAGUUGACUAUUUUUGUAAAACGUUUUAUUUGUUAAUAGAAAUAUAUAUUUCUCUAUUUCAA